AUGUGUGUGUUGACUAGGGUUAUGGAGAGUAUUCAAGAAUCAGUAUGGGUGAAUAUUGAUGGCAAAUAUUACCAAGUUUAUGUGAAAGAAGUGGCACAAUGGGAACCUGAUGUGGCAGAAAAUGGUAGUUUUAUAGAGAAAGACAACAAUUCCAUUGGAUCGUUUUGUGAAGGAGAAGAUGAGUCUUUUGGUUUAAAUUCAGAUAAAGAGAAUGAGGAGUAUGAUCAAAACCAUGAGGAUGAUAAUGUUAAUGAAGUGAAUAGUGAAACAGAACCUGUACAGGAGGUGGGAAAAAGUGAUGAGGCUGGUAAUGAUGAAAUAGGGAAUAAUAUUAGACCUCCAAAUGCUUCCGUACCAUUGGUGGGUAUUGGUUCCGGUUCAGGUAAGAGAAUUGUCCUUGAUAACAUGGAAAACGUGCAGUCAGAGGAUCAAAGGAGUAGUAAUAGUAUCUCGAAGCCACCUGGUUUUGGGAGUAAAGUGCUCAAAGAAUCUCGCGGUUCUAUUCAUUAUUCAAAUGAUAAUCCUAGGAAGUCGUGGAGUACAGGUUCGUUAAAGAUUUUGAAGAAAGCUAAUCCAUCUGUGGGGGUUAAUUCUUGUGAAGAGGUGAGUAGGUUCAUUAAGUUAGGAAAAAUCUUAGGAUAUGAUGUGGAGAAUGCUAAGGCGGACUUGAAAAACCAUCUAGUCGAUCAUUUUGAUAUUCCUAUGGAGGGCCGAAAAUUUACUCGAGGGGAUAAGGCUGGUAUUAAGCUUAGUCGUUUGGAUCGAUUCCUUAUUUCUGAAAGUUUGAUAGAUGUUAUCCCCGAUAUCUCUUGUAUUACAUUGUAUAGGAGGUGGUCAGACCAUUGCCCGGUGCUUUUGAAGGAAGAUCAGAAUGAUUAUGGUCCUAUUUCUUUUAAGCUGUUUAACUCGUGGCUUCAGAUGGAUGGUUUUUUCGAUGAGGUUUCUCAAGUGGUUAGAGAUUUUAGUCCAGAUUGUAAUCUUAAUAAGUGCAUUAAUCUGAAGAACAAACUUAAAUUCGUUAAAGCCAAGUUUACGGGAUGGCAAGCUGAUAUGCGUAAGUUGAAAGGGAAACAAAGAAAAGAGUGUAUUAACUGUUUGCUCGAUAUUGAUAAUCUGAUUGAUAGUGGGGUCGAUUCGGAUGAUGCCAUGGCCGAGAGAAAGAAUAUACUCCAACAGGCCCUUAGUAGCCGCAGCCAUCCAGCCGCAGCCUCCGAGCCGAAGCCCAGAGCCGCAGCCGUCAAGACCGCAGCCACGAAGCCGGAGCCACCGAACCCGGAACCAAGCCGCCUGCGGAGCCUCCUCGGACUGCAGCCCCUUUUCCCUUCAGAUCCACCUCAGCAGCCUAACCCCACAUCGGAUCUAAUGCUGUUAAGGCCGGAGUCACCCUCCUGA